AUAUCUUGAAUAAAUAAUUCAUUUCUUUAGAAACUAUCCAUACAUUUUGAGAUUUUUAUAUGUGUGUUACAGGUCUCGGGCAACAUGUUAAUUAUUAAUUAGACAUGAAUUGUCAAAUGCUGUGAAAUUUCUUCUUGGAUAAAUCGAUUAUCUGCUGCACGCGCCUGGAUAGAGAUUCGGGCAGACGACAAGCCUCGCUUUGACUGUGAGGGUGAUUUAUGCAUACAUGUAAUAUUUAAGGCGAUGAAAUAUAAAGAAUCAAUGGUGAAUUAGUUUGUUUUUUUAAUUGCCGUGAUUUUAACGACAAAAUGUGUACCAUUCAUUAUUAUUUUAGGGGAAUUCCAUCUAUAUGAAAUGUGGUUAUAGGACUAAGGAUUAUAUCAAGAUUCUAACAUGAACCGUUCAGACAAUCGGGUGCUUUUCUGAUGUUUAUUAAGAAGAGAGUGAUUUUUCCAGCUGGCUCCAUCGUCAAAUGUCUGAGUAUCCGCCAAAUGCCAGUUUUCAUCGGAUCUGUUUAACCGGCGUGAUAAGCUGCGGGGACAGAAUCACAUCUAGAAUCAAGCAAGGAAUGACUUCGGUGUUACGAAGACAAUCAUCGACGUCAAAUGAAAACGAUGUAAGAAUGCGAAAUAACCGGAGUAGUGGCCAUGGUGCAGUCAACGAUUCACCUCCAUCUUCCCCAGCACAGGCCGGUGACCGUGGGACCAGAGCUUGCUGCUUUUGUUGGUGCUGUUGUUGUACUUGUUCAUGUUUGGCAGUGAAGUCUGGUAAUGGUACACAAGGUGGACCAAACAGUAGAAUACCUUUACCAGAGAGAGAUGACCCGCCUACACACGAAGAAAUAGAAAGUUGGGGAGAAUCUUUCGAUAAAUUAAUGCAAAGUAAAGGUGGACGAAGGACAUUUAGAGAAUUUUUAAAGUCAGAAUAUAGUGAAGAAAAUAUAUUAUUCUGGUUAGCGUGUGAGGAUCUCAAGAAGGAAGAAAACCCAGAGAUUGUAGAAGAAAAGGCUAGAUUAAUAUAUGAAGAUUAUAUAUCUAUACUUUCACCUAAAGAGGUUAGCUUAGAUUCCCGUGUACGAGAAGUUAUAAAUAGGAAUAUGGUUGAUCCAACACCGCAUACAUUCGAUGAAGCACAGCUACAAAUAUACACACUAAUGCAUCGAGAUUCUUAUCCACGAUUUCUUAAUUCUCAAAUGUAUAAAAAACUACUAGAAGAGUCACAAUUAUCUUGAACCUUAGAAAAUUUAAUAAAUUUUAAAUUCACUACAGGUCAAAUCAAAGUUGUGUCACAUGAUAAAUUAGUGCUGUGUUGUUGGAUAUCUAAUGAAAGAUGUGAAUUAUUGGAAUGGUGCCAUCUAGAUUGAUGAAUCCUUUGCUCAUCCAAUCAAAGUGCGGAAUGAUUUUGUUGAUUUAAAAAAAAUAUUCCGUCAUCGAACAACUUGGAUUGCCAACAAAGAUUUUUACAAAAUAAUUUUGUUGGAAAUUUUGUGAUAUGUUCGUUGUUACUGAGCCAUGUGUGCGACGUUUAGUUUAUAUGUGUCUGAAAAGCCGUCUUAAGUACCACGAACUUGGCUUUAAUAAUACUCAUAUGACCCACAACUUUCGAUUUCAAUCUCUGUACAAAAUACUUGUUAUGUUUAUAGUCUCAACCAAUUAAUGAUAAAUGUUCAAUUGUUGUGCAAUGUGUUUUCUUUCUCCGGACUUGUGCAAUAUUUUAUUUUACUGUAUACCUUUUUAUUAAAAUGAAACUGUAGUUACCCCAAAACAGUUACACCAUUUAUAAAAAACAUGUUUCUAUUCAAUGUUUUUAGCAUAAGUUGUCCAGAAAACAUAGUCUUUCAUAAUUGAUUUCUUUUUAUGGUGCUUUUCUGACCUAUUAGUAUGUACACUAUCCAUAUCACAUUUAUUGUCAUCAAAGGAAAUCUUAAUCAAAGUCAAAAACUUAAAUUUUAUUAACUGAUCUUUAUGAAUUGAACAAUUUAUAUUGAUCUAAAGAAAACAAUAACUAUUGUUAAAAAUUACAACUUACAAUGCUUGAAUAGAGCUGUUCAAUUUAAAGUUGCAUGUAGAAGUAUGGAGUAAAAUCAGGAAAAGGUGAAACUGAUUAUCCUGUACAAAUUCAUGUCAACAACUCACGUUUUAUAAUGUUUUAUAUAUAUAAUCAAUUAUUGUUAUAUUCUGUUAUUAAGGUAAAAUUGCAGCAUUAUAAGUAAAAUCUCGUUUUGUUUAAAGUGCAUAUUUCUUUAAUGUAUGCAAUAAUAAGUGUGUUUGCUGUAGGUCACUUGAAAUGUUAAAGUUGCAAAGACAAAAAUGUUAAUGUUUCAAGUGAGGUAUAACUGUAUUAAUUUUCAAAUGUUUCAACAGUUACAAUAUUCAAAUGUAAUAUAUAUAUAUACAAAAUACACUUUUUUUUCUUCCACUAUUUUAAAUACACUUCUCUCUGUUUUGUUCCGUGAAUAGCUAAUAUUCAUUUUUUAUUUAUUGACAUUUUAAGUAAAACAUGUAGUUUUAGGCGAAGACUGGGAACGUAUUAGUUUGCAGGCAAAACUAAAGGAAUGAAAAUAAUAAAGUCAUGUGCAAUUUCAAAUUAAUAUAGUUUUUGAUUAUCUGCAAUGUUUCAAUCAUCUUUGAAAGCUCUCAACUAACCUAAAGUAUUUUUAGAAAUGCAUAGUAGGUAAAACUAUCAUAAAGUUUUUUAUACGGUAAUUGAAUAUUCACAUUCCAAUAGGAUAGAUACAACUCUAUAACAACUAUUUGAGGUUUACUAUUAAUUUAUAUGUAUGUUACUGUACUUUCAACAAUAUAUUAAAUGGACAUUGCUUAUAAGUUUUCUCUUGUAUGUUGAUGUAUUAUUUUUAUUUGUUUGAAUUUGUGAAUGUUUGAUUUUGUUAGAAUGUGUAAUAUUCGAAUCUUAAGAUGAUUUUGAACUAUUUUUGUAGGAUACAUCACCUUGGUAGCCAGUGUUGUAUGUGCAAGUGAUAGAACGAUUUUAUUACCAUUAAACCUACCAAAUAGUUGUCUUUGUGUGAGGUCUUUUUGAAAAUUUGAUAUGACGCAAAGCACUCUGAUAUACUAGUAUCAAUGUUCUUUAAUUAUACUUGUAGUGAUUGUGAAUAGAUAAAAAAAACCUAUAACGUUAAAUUAUUUUAUUUGAAUUAUUGGAGUUAACGAACAAUGUUUACCCCACAUCUCACUUUAUUCAUGUGUAAUUGUUUUUGUCAAACCCAACAUAAUAAACACAAAUAUCAUAUUCUUAGGCUAACUUAAAUCCUUCAAUGUUACAUAUUCACAACAUGUGUAAUGUGUAGUAAAAUUCAAAACUACUGACGAGACAGCAAUAUGAAGAUAUGACAUUAUAUACUGUUAUGAUCGUGUAGACUAGAAAUACUAUCCAGGUAUCCUAGUGAAAUAUUGAAAUUUUAUCAGAACAAUUCAUGCACAUGCAAGUUUAGUUCAUUUCACCUACGAUGUUAAUUCACACGAUGCUGCAACAACAAUUGGUGUUUCAAACCUCGUAUUAAUCAUUACUUUCUGGACAUCAACGUUACAAAAGCAUUGUCUACUUAAGAGACGUAUUUAAGCACAGUUAAUAUCACAUAUUUUUAAUAAUAGAAAUGAACUGAAUUGCACAUUAUUCGGCUGACAGACUUUCAAUUCUUUUGACGAAUCUUUUUAUAUUUUUGUUUUAAAAAUGAAAAGGAUACAAAUCGAGUAUAUUAGUCAUAUUUAAGAUUAGCUGUAUAAAGUCAGUCUCAGAAAAUACAACAUGAAAGAAAAAUAUACCCUCAAUUAAUACACUGCUUUUGAUAUUGGCAAACGAUUUGUGGAAUGUCAACAUAUAGUCAUUUUGGCCAAAGAUUGGAAAAUAGUGUGAAUGAUCAAAGACUUCAUUUAAAAGUACGUAAAUUGACAUAUAUACUUAUUUAUUUGGUAAAGACAUAUUACUUCAUUUAAAUUUUAUUGUUCAAAGGAAUUUCAACAAAUUACAACCCGUAAAAAUUGAAUUGUAACAGUCAAAAAAAUAAUCAUAUCAUAAUAAAAAAAAUGCCAUAUAAUAUUUUACCAUAUCAGUAACCUGACUGAACUUAUUCAGUGUAAGCUUCACUCAUCUUGAUGGUAAUUUACCCUUUGUUUUCAUUAUAUGUGUAAUAAAUUUUUAGUUCAAGAUUGAACUAAUUGUCACUUUUCUAUCAUUAACAAAUAUUAGGAAUGUUUUAUUUGUUGUUAAUAUAAAUUUGAAAAAUAGCAUGAUGAUAUUGUCAGUGCAAGAAGAAGCGACUUCAACUUAUGCGUGUAAGUUAUAGUUGCAGAACUCAACGUUUACAUAUUGAUAAUGUUGUGUACAAAAUCAACUUUACCUUCAAAUUUCUGUUGUUCCCGUCCGACGCACUGUUUGAACUAUCGAAAAUUAGAAAGGAAAAAAACUGUCUUCCCAGAUGACAGUUAAUAUAAUAACAAUUUAAAACGGGGGAACAUCACAAUGAAUAAAAUAUCCCAAAAUAUCAUUGGUUCAUAAAUAAAAAGUCAUUUGUCGUGUCAUAUUUAGCUGACGGUUUGUGUUUCCUGCAAUCAACGCUAUCUUACCAACAAACGGGUAUCUCUAUGUUUUGAUAAGUCUCAGCGAUAUAUUUAUUAAUUCAUAACAGUUUUUCAUUAAAAUGAUUUAGUGAAAUGGACAUAACUAGAAAAUUAUGUGAUUUGUCCUCAUUUCAGUAAAUUCAAGGUGGCUAUUUAUACAGAUAAAUUUAGUGUUUUCUAUAAGUGCCACUUUUUUCGAGAGAUUACAUUUUUUCAAUGAGGUUAGUUAAUUAUAUUUCAUCUAUUCAUCUGACGUCUAGGUAUGAAAAAGAAUGCAUAUUUCUUGGUUCAUUUUAACCACAUUUGAAAGAUAACAGAUGCUUUUUGUUUAAGAACAAAAUGAAGAAUAUUAACUAUGUACCAUACUUUUAAAUCGGAAUUAAGACUUGAAUGUAAAUUUUGGUCUUAACCAAAAUUUUAUAUAUGAAUAAGAAUAUGCGUUGGUUUAUAUAGUGAAACAAUUAUCACGCAUUUAUACAAUAAGUGGUGUUUAGAUAUAUUUAUGUCUCUUCCUAUGAAGUAAUUGAGCAGGUCUGUGUAUUCAGCAGCUAUGUUUAAUCCCUGCUGUUUCAGACAUUUCAGAAGGAAUAGUUUUAAAAUGUCCGUUAUUUUGUAUAACAGAUAUGAGCUGAAAUUAUUCUCCAUUCUAGGAAUGGGUUCUUUAUUGCAUUCACCUUGUCCAUUCGUUCAACAAUUAUUUCUCAGGUCUUACAGAACAGAAUGACUUCAGUUUUGACAGUGAUAAGUUAUAACUUUUGACCACUUUUUGGAGAUGUCAGACACCUACUUCCUGUAUGCCAAUACUUUCAAUUGGGGGGUUUACUAAGUAAAUCUCGUGAAACCAUGUUGGUAAAACACAUGUUACAAGAAUUACAUUUGUCAACUGUCUAACCAUUUACCGUUCAUUAUUGAAAUGACGAAUGGAUCUUCAUCUUAAUUGAUUGUUUGUUUUAAAACAACAAUGUAAAAAUUAAACACACAUUCUCAUGUACAAUAUUUAACAAGUAUCAGAUAUAUACUUGUUUUAUUGUAUUUUAUUCUGAACACUUAUUCAUAAAUUUGAAUAAGCCAAAUCCUUAUAUGGCUUAACAAGCGUAAAAGCAAUAAUACAAAUAUGUUUGUCUUCCAAUGAUCAGUCAUUAUUGGAGCAAUUAAUACUUUAGUUUAAUUAAACUGAUUCUAUUGACAGCUGAUUUCUUUAUUAAUUUUAUUUUUAUCUAGCUUGGUUACAUAUUAAAAUGACAUCACAUUCGAUAUCAUCUUGACCUCGAUAUCUUCAAAUGCCCAAAACUUGAGAUACGGUCUUUGAACAAUAUAAGUUCAACUUUAUUGUAUAGUUAGAGAAAUAUUAAUACUAAAGCAUUUUACAGCUUUGUUUUGAACAUUAUUUUUGACACACAUACAGAUAAAUGUCAUGUCGUUCAACUUUUGCAAAACAUCGUUAGUGUGGAAAAUUUUAAUACCUUAAAUGAUUGAAGCAGAGCUAUUUCAUGAUGAUUUGUUAUUUACAAAAUCUAUCCCAUUGAUCAUUUUUUUUAUUUUUGCUCAUCAGUGCAAUAUCAUAAUAUGGACAUAAUUAUUUUCAAAGUAUAUUUUUUAUGAAAUAUUCCAAUUUGUCUCGACAUUAUUACAAAUAUUUGUGUUGAUCAAGUAGUCCAGUAACGUGUUCUAAUUACUUGUAAUAUUAACAGUGCAUCAAACUCAUCAAAAGGUUCUUUUUCAAAUGUAUUUAACUUUGUUUCUCUAAGCUGUCACCUUUCAUAGUAAUUCUUAUUAUGAAUUGGUUGCUAAAAGCUUGCACUGACGUUAAUUAAAAUAUACCUUCUAUUGGCUUCUGCACUAUUAAGGGCUUACAAAUCGUCAGUUUAAGUCUAAUGCACAUGAAUAAAGCUUCAUUUUUCACAUUACUGUCUGUUUUAAAUUUUUAUAAAAGUCAUAUUUCGAAAAGAAUAUUGGUUAUAUUAAAUUUUAAAAUGCUCCCCUAUCAUGAAAUAUAAAGACCAAUCAUACUUUUCGAAGGGGAGUCGUAAAAGAAUUUUACCAAACUGAAUUGAGAAUAUCCCUUGGGAUGAAAAAUGCACAUAUCAAUUAUUUUUUAAGUCACACAAGCUUAUUGGGAGACACACAUUUGGCUUUGGAUGAUCUAUCUUGAAUAUUUUGUAUAAUUAAUUCAGUUUUUCUUGUACACAUAUUACCUAAAAGACGAUUUCUAUAUAUCUGAAGGUUAUUAUUUCAAAGGUGAAUGAAUAUCGUACGAACUAAAUAUAGACCGAUUUGCUCAUAUAAAAGAUUCCGCAUUUCAAGAAAUUUGAAGCAAUUUGUUUCCCUUUUGCCUUGACAUCAGAUAAAGUUAAAUACGUAAAUUCCUUGGCCUGAUAUCUUCUGUCUUUAUUCAACAAUGCGCAUAGCUGAAGAUGCGGGUUAGAAGAACUUGUGCAUUUCAUUUGUAGAAUUCUUAAAAGGUCUUCAAGGAAUAUUCAGAAAAAUGUAAAUUUUACAUAUCUAUUUUAUAUACAUUUAUAUAUAUUUCAAAACUUUAUUUGUACGAGUAUAAUUUUACAUAUCUACCUUCCAAGCAGAAAUUAAUACAUAAACUAUAUAAUUGUUAAUCGUUUAAAUUGGACAUCAAGUGUAAUAUGGAGACCAAUUUCAUUAACAUAGUACUUAACGCUCAAAUAUUUAAAACUUUGCUCGAAUAAUGGAGCUAUUGUGUAUAUUUUAUUCAUUAACAACAACUUCUGUUAAUUAUAUUCAGCCGUUCACGUAAGCUUUAAUAAACUGUUGUUAAUAUUUGGAAGAGGGCCAAAAUUGAAAACGUUUAUGAUAUAGUAUCUAGGGAACAAAAGAACCUAAAGUUUUUAUUUAAAAAAAACCUCAAAUAUUGCAAUUGAAAAAAUAAUAAAUAUUCGUCAGAUUAUUAUUCAAUUUGAUAUAUUACUUUUGUUUAGAUAAUUUUGGAAUGCAUUAAUGACAAGUAUGUUCAAAUGUGUCAAAUUGUCAAAUUGUAGUUUUACAAAUGAUAGACCUCUUUAACAAGUUCCAUAAAAUGAAUAUUUGUAAAGGAAAUAAAUUAUCUUGUAACUUUUUUGGAACUUGACAUGAAGACAUCGAAUGCUGUAUAACGUCUAGCCUAGUCUGUAGAAUUGUAUUUAACAGACUCAGCGUUUAUUUCAUUGUGUGUUGUACUUUUGUUAAAAUUUCUGAUCACCUACAUUAGUAGUGAUGGCACGUUAUAUUCAUUGUAUUUCAUGUAACAGAAUGGAGGGUUAGAAAAAUAAAUUCUCUACAAAGUGUUUUGAAAUGAUAAUAUUUACGAAUUCCAGUAGAUUUGUGUUUGAGACCUGUGCAUUUCUUUUGUUUAUAAGGUGUGAUGUGGUUUGUAAGUAUUUUGACUCCAAAAUGCAUGUUUUAAUAAAACCUUUUGUUUAUUAGGUAUGUACUAGUACAUUAUUAAUUUGAAAUUUUCUUUUUUAUACAUGGUUGAGUGAAGACAAUAAUAUAUGUGUUUGUAGUUCAUUAUUCCUCCAAUCUCAGUAGCAUAGCAUUAUAAUGACUAUUUCAAAGCUCAUAAAUGUUUGAAUUUUAUACGGAAAAAAUUAUACUUAUUCAACGACUUUCAUAAGACUUUAUACUCAUCCAUUCAAAACUAAAACAUCAGCAUAUUUGUAUUUCUUUAUAUGUCUCGGGCUAGAACUAUAUAACGAACUCCGAGAGAUAAUUUUGUCUAUUCGAACUAAAUAAUGGUAAAUUUAAUGGUAUUGUUCAUGCUUUAAAGUGGAUAUUUAAAUGAAAUAUAUUUUAAACUUGUUUCACUACUGAGUACCGCUUAUAUAUGUCUCUUGUCAGAGUGUAUAGUUAAAAAGGGACCAAUAUCUGUAUUGUUACAUCUGUAGUGUAGCUGAGCAUAAUUUGAUUGGCGGGUAAAGUACACUGGUAAAGUACCCAUUGUACUACUUACAUUCUACAUUCUUUGUGGUGUUAAGAAAUAUUUAAUUUAUUUGGGCAAAACUUGCUCAUGUUUGUUAUUUUUGCAAAGAACGUAAUAUUAAAUUGUUUGGUACCCCGUACUGUUAAAAAUAUGUUUUACACAUUCUUUUAUUUGUGGUGUAGACUAUUUCAUACAAAAUAUUUACGAAUAAAUCUUACUAUUGUGA